AUGGAGAAAUGGAAAUCGCGGUUACAGAAAGGUGAUGUGGUUCUAGAGGAUCCGCGUUUCUCUCGGCGGCGGAACGAGCCCGGAGAAGCUCCUUGCAACAGGGUCGAGCCCGGGGAAGCUCCUUGCAACAGGGUCGAGCCUCUUCAAGCCCAGGUUCCGAGCGCUCCUUCAGGAAAUCCUGUUACGCCGAAAAGCGCGAACAAGCGUUCCAAUUCUCUGGACCACAUCAGCAAGCGGAUUAAAUCGGAGCUCCUGGAGCAGCCUGAACCGGAUAAUCCGGCUCCGGAGCCUAGCGCCCCAUCGAUUCCGAACAUCAAGCAAGAGCCUCCGAGUCAAGCUAGUACGUCUACGCAAGCCAGGAAGUGGAUCCUUCAAAAGUUUAUCGAUGGCGUCAUAUCCGGUGACCCGAUCAAUAUAUCCGAUCUUGGAUUCCCUGUACCUAUCGGGCGGAAUGCCAUGAAAGUGAAGAUAUUCCUUGAUGGUCCCAAACAAAAGCAUGUGAGUAGAUAUCAUGCGGAGCUGCACGAGGACGGUGACGGACUUCUGAUCCGAUGUUUUUCAAGCAAUGGAAUCCUCAUCAAUCAGUCCGAAUUCCUCGCUAAGGAUGAAGCGAAGCCCCUCAAGGCCUCGGAUCUGUUCUCCAUCGGCGAUAACGCAGAGAGCCAGGGAAUGCAGGUCAUAAUGUUCGCUGUCCGCUGUGAGGUGGCGGCACCGGAAAUCCCCGAAACCAAACCGAUACUACCGCUCCGGAUACCCGAAGUUGCGACAGACAGCGACGGAAUCGACCAGAAAACCCCGCUGGGGAGCUCUAAUGCCUGUCCGAUUCUCAUCAUUGAUGACGACGACGAUGUCACUCAUGAUUACGAAGGAUCGGCCUCGGUCAGAGAAGAAAACAACGAAGGCCUGUCCGCGAUGCUCAUGAAGUUCAAGGAUGAACCUCUAGAGGAGGUUGACCAAGGGGUCGCUGAAUCGGCGACCACGCCUCCAAGCUCGGACUCUCCCGUGGCUCCGACGGUCGGCGAAGCCGUGACUCCUGCCCGUGCGCCGACCGCUGAGCGGAGUCCUCGGACAGAAACCGCGUCUGCUGACCAGACCUUGGCCCUGGUUCCGACAGCUGCGUGUCGGAACCCCUCAGAGACCAGUACCGAGUUUCGAUCGCCUCUAUUCAAUUCGCCUCCGCCGCCAAGAUUGAGGGAAUGUCCGAAUUUCGCGCCGACCUUCAACGCGUAUAGAAGCUGUAUGUUGAAGCUCGACUUCAAUAGACCCGAUGGUGAUCCGAAACAAAAAAGCGAGAAGAUAUUCAUCGACUUCGUGCGCGACUAUGCCUCGUCCCGAGCUCUUCGAGAUGUCACUCGCGUCUUGUUCAGUUUCUUCUGCUUGGAAGCGGCCAGUCGCAUCAAAUCGUUCUGGCGAAAAACUUCGCAGAGCCAUCCGAGGAAGGCAGCGAUCAUAGCUCAGGCUAGUAUGUCCGCAGACGUACUACGUGUCACAGUCGUGUUGGCCAGCGAAGGCCGAGGAGUAUUCUCGGACUGUACGGCACUGAGACUCUCUGCGAACCUCAUACGCCUCGGAGGUCAAGGGCAUAAGAAACGAGUGUUUCUGGGGAUGGUUCACAAACAGGAAACCGUUGAUCGCCGCCGCCGGAGCGGAGGAAUCCAGCUUCCGGCGAUUCUCUCGGGAGACGAUCGCUCGAUUGACGUCGUUGAUAUUCUCGAGAUCGACGUUGAUAAAUCGGCCUUCAAUGGCUUGAAGCUAGACACCGACGCCUUGAUCGAGCUAACGAGGGUAUGCGAAGUCCGCGAGCUCAAAAAAAUUCUGUGUCUACGGCAAAUUCCCGACUCUUUCUGCCAUUUUCUGCGAGGUCCGAAAGCUUUCAACAUCUGGAGCCCGACCGAUGUCACAACUUCGCCGAAAUCCACCGAGCAAGUUUUACGAGUUACCUGUUGCUCGAUGCUCACAUCGGAGCAGACCUCGGUGGUGUGCGCGGCGUUAUCUCUUCUAACAGCUCCUGUUACCUCGGUUUCGAUGAUGUUAGUAGACGGGGCGGCCGGGACCGGGAAAAGUGCGGUGCUCAUGGAAACAGCCUUCGAAUGUGUUAUCGCGAAGCCGACACAGACUGUCCUGAUUUUCUGUAAAUGGGCCUCUGCGGCAGACUCGAUGACGUACCAGAUGAUGGGUUUCACCGGACAUAAAACUCUGAGGCUCGACAAUGGCGAAUCGGUCAGCAUUUGCCGAGUGGCCGGUUCUCAUAAUCAGGUGGAUCGUAUCCAGCGCGUCUGUCUUCCCUCACUCCUCGAAGAAAAACGGACGUCUACUCUCACGCAGGAAAUCGAGAGGAAGAAUAAAGCUAUUCAGGAGCAGAAGAAACGAAUCGCUGAUCUGCAGAUGAGUUUAGAAGAUCAGCUGGACAAAUUACCGAAUUUUGUGAAGACACGGAAACUCAACGAGAUCGCACAGCAGAAACUCGCCUUAGAGAAUGACGAGAAAGAGCGCGCGAUUCUCCUGGAACGAUUGAAGCAGCCUGCCGUCCGCCACCAGAGCUCCCCGGGAGCGACGGCAGUACUGGAGAGCGCGAACAUUCUGAUCUGUUCGUCAGCGGAUAUUGAAACGAUGAUCAUCGGUCAGGCAUUCAAAUCGACCGGAUUGGCGAAGAUUUCCAUGGUUUUGAUCGACCAAGCCCAGCAGCUUUUACUGACUGAUCUCCUUCCAAUCAUGCAACUAAACUGUCAACGGCUGGUCAUGUUCGGCGACUGCAAUCAGAGCACCUACCUCAAACACGUUAUUCGCCAUCGGGUUCUCAAGGAGAACAACCCCUACAUUCCGACGGAAUUCGUUAAGUGCUGCGCAAAGUUCUCGAAUAAACGCUUCCGUUUAACGAAGAACUUCCGCUUGCGUCCCCCGCUCAGCGACAUAGUCGACAAAAUGUUCAUCAAAAACUCACAAUCCCCAUCGGUGCAGAACUUCAGCGGCAUUUUUUCGUCGGAUCCCGAGCUGUCCUCGAUCACGGUUUUCGACAUCGAUGACGAAACCAAAGAAGAACAUAUUGUGUUGCGUAUCUUCCAGGCUUGCGCGAUGUUGCUCAAGAGGGUACAUAUCAUCCAGCUUGGUCCCGCGUCGAGGUAUCACGCAGUCUCGAAAAAAUGUCAAAAGGAAAGUGGAAUCUCGAUCAAAGCCUGCAUACCAGAAAACCUCGACGCUGAGGAAGUCGCUCUACUCGUCCUGCCGGUCUUCGACCCCAACUUACUCAAGGAUAUCAACCUCGAUCCGGCGAGAUUGAAUUCAAUUAUCACUCGAGCGAAGAGGUCGACGAUCGUCGUCGGGAAUUUCAAUAAUAUGAAAGAACGAUGCGCUAUUCUGGAUGAGCUGGCUGAGCAGUCGAAACUCGUGGGUAGAUUCUUCCACCACAGCGCUCGCUCGUUCAUGCAAAUCAAUGUAGCCGAGAUUCUGAUGCAUCUCCGACCGUGA